AUGAUAAAACUAAAACCCUGGCACUGGGCUUUAAGCCUAGCCCUUUUUGUAUAUAUAAAGUCAAGUUUUGCUCAAGUACAGACCAAUUUGGGGCCGAAUGAGAACCCGGGCCUCUUCACGGGCACUGGUCAAAACGCGUUUUAUGGAGGUAAGGGCUUGGUUUUUGUGUUAUUUUAGGUAUAUUAUUGUAGAGUAAAUGUUGAAAAUGGAGUUUUUAAUAAUUUUGGUACUAUUUUAGUUAAUUUGGUACCAUUUGGGCCGGAACAAGGCGACUUGGAAGUGGUACCGGGGAUGUUAACAUCUGGGCAGACCAUCGAUCUUCAUCACUUUUUCCCUUUCUAUGGAGGAUGGUAUAACUAUACUAUUGUGAGUUUUAACUUUUAAAAUUUGCAUGAAUUCAAAAACUUUUCAGAUCUCAGUAAACGGCUACCUCUCCUUCGCCACUGUACUUGACCAAGGCCCCACCAUCAAUAUAGGACCAGACAGUACUGAUUGGCCGCGAGUACAAGACCCAGCCAUGAUCGCCCCCUACCUCUGCAAGCAACAGAUCACUCAAGAUGCCAUCCCAGGCCUUCGUACUGGCGUCUUCUUCCGCCUAAUCCGCCGGCAAUCCCUACACGGCCGAGGUGGACCAGGUGGACUGGGACCGGAUGGUACCAUCCAGCAAUCUGCCUUCUUUGGUGCUGGUCCAGCACGCCCAUGCCCGAAUGUGGACGGUGCUUAUGUGCGUUGUGACGCCAAUUCCGACUACUUCCUGGACGAAAUGAUGCGAUGGCUUCAGGAGGGCGUGGCUGGUGCUACAGCGUUCCGUGCUGACACAGCACUAGUGGUCACCUGGUUCAACACGGCUUCGGCCGUCUCAGGCCGCUCGGAUCUGGAUGCUGGACAACUAUCGACGUAUCAGGUGGUGUGGUUGAGUGAUAAUCCAGGUCGAUUGAGUUAUGUCAUUUUGAAUUACGAGAAGCUGGGCUUUGAUGCUGCCGACUUCAGGGCCAACUCGAGGAGUGGAAGGUGCAGGGUGAGUUUGGUUCCUAAAAUAUUUAAAAAAUCGAAAUAUAAAACAAAAUUCGUUUUUUAGGUUUAAAAAAUAGUUUUUUAAAACUAUAACCUUGAAAUUUUAACAAAAUUUCGGAAAAUUAAAAAAGUUGGGUCUUACCACGAAAACAUGAACUAGUAUUUUUUGAUAAAUAUAGGUAGCAAACAAAUUAUUUAGAAUAAAAAAUUAAUUUUAAAGUUUAAAAAGGCGUUUUAAAAGCAAAACUUGGAGGUUUUGACAAAAAAGUUGAGUCCCACCACGAAAACAUGAAACUUGUAUUUUUUGGCGAACAUGGGUAGUAAAUAAACUUUUUUAGGAUAAAAAAGGAGCUUUCAAGUUAAAAAAAGGAGUUUUAAAAUUAAAUUUUAAAGUUUUUGAUGGAAAAGUUUGGUCCCACCACGAAAACCUUAAUUAAACAUUUUUUAAAGUUUUUUUCAUAAUUUGUAAAACACGUCAUACAAUCAAAAAAACUUGCAAAGCUAUAUUGGUUAUUUUAUAUUAUAAAAUGAAUUUUUUCCUAGAAAAGUUGGGUCCUGGCACGAAGAGCCUGACUUUCAGGUUUAGAACGUUAAACUCGUUUCAAAAGAUUUAAAAGUAUAAUUUAAGGCUUUUGGAGAUAAAAGUAGUAAUUUUUAACUUUUUUCGAAAAAUAGUUGCAAAAACUUUCUUUCCAGGCUCUGUUCAACGGCGGAAAUCAUACCGGUUUCGUGGACGUUGACCCAACUCAAAUGUACAAAAACACUCCCAAAGUGUUGGCGGAACGUUCCGCCGUUCCUCACAUGGUACGAGGACGGUACAUGUUCCGUGUUGAUGAUGUUGUGAGGCCGGGAGGAUGUUCGAACAAGACUGGAGGGACUUAUCCUAUGUUAAUAUACCCAAAUAUCAUUAACAUGUUGGGUGAGAUGACAAUCGAUAUCAAUGCCAUGUGCUUGGAUCCUGGACAGACUUAUAUUUUGAUGAUUGAACAGCGUCAGGUAGGGUGGGGUACUGUAUAGUACCAUAUUGGGUAGAGUAGGAUAGGGUAUGAUAGACGAGGGUAGGGCAGGAUAAGGUAGGAUCGGGUAAGGUAAGGUAUGGUAUUACAAUGUGCUCUAGGAUACUGUAUUGUACGAUGUCUUCUGUUUGAGCUAUUAUAAUACACUUUCAAAAAGUCUUGUCGUCAAUUUACAUUGAUUUUCUAUAUAAAAAACGACAAGACUUUUUUGCCUCUUUACUAGGUAUACUGUAAUACUAUAAAUGCAAAAUAUUGCUGUAGAAAGACUAUGUGAACACCAAAAAUUAAUAAAAAUUGUUAUAGUCAGCCACCUGCACUGUCUUGAACCCAAGUAUAGCCAGAUGUACAGUACCUCGUAUCUACGAUUGGGGUACCAAGACUCUGUACUUCCAACCACAACAAAACAAAGCCAAUGAUGAAAAAGCCUAUGUUGGAUAUGUUUACUUUGGUAAGUUUUGUAAAAUACGCUGUACGCUACUUUCUCUGACAAGGAAAGUACCCAACAUGCAACUCUUAGAAUUAGCUCAAAAUUUUUAUACGGUUUCUUUGUAGUACCAUUAGCACACAUAAAAAAUCUUAGCUUGCGGUUUUAGGUUUUAAAAUUAAUAUAUUUACAUUUCCCGCCAAUUUGGCAGAUUUGGCAUUGUGUUGCAAGCACUUUUUUUGAUGUUCCAGACAAGAUAAGCUUACAAAUUUAAAAAUGUAGGUUUAUUUGAAGCUUUUCUAUCAUUAUAUUAAAGAAAAAUAAUUAAAAGUCAAAAAUUGACGAAGUUAAAAGCUUGCAACACUAUGCCAAGUUGGCGGGAAAUACAAAACGCAAUUCUUUGAUCUCGAUUUUCUCAAGUGGCCGCAAACCGCAACUUAGAAUUUUACAUUUACAUGCUCUUUCAAUAGAAAAAAUUUAAACCAAAUCUGAGCGUUGCAGGUCGGGUACCUUCCUUGUGAGUAAUAUUAGAAGUAGACGAAAUGUCAAAAAAUUAUUGGAAAACUAGACAAGUUGUCACAAAUUCAUCAGAUUUUGUUUAAAAAAGACGUAGAAUAUGAAAAAACUACUUUUUAUUUAUUCCUAAGUGAUUUUCCAGUAUUUGCAAAAAUUUGACGGAAUGUUACAAAAAUUAUUGAAGAAUAAGACGAAGUGUCACAAGGCACGUCUGUCUGAAAUAAAACAAAAAUUUGAAAUGGAAUUUUCUGGCUUUUCGUUACAUUUCAACGCAAAAAUUAAAAUAAAAUUUAAAAACAAUUCGCAACGAACGAAAAGCCACUAUUGAUCAUUUCCCAUUUCAGACAGACGUGCAAGGUUAUUGGAAUUUUUAAAAUGUCGUAGAGUAUAAUAAAUUAGUUUUUAUUUAUUUUAGAGUAAUUUCAAUGCAUUUUUUAAAAUUUUGACGAAGUGCCACAAAGUUAUUGGGUUUUGUUUUUAGCGAAAAAUCAAACGUUUGUACUUUCUAAUGACGUUUUACAACAUUUGUUAAAUGAAAAAAUUUUUUAUGUAUUUUUUAAAAUUUGACGAAAUGCCACCAAAAUUAUCGGAAAGUUUAACGAAGUGUCACAAAUUUAUUGGGUUUUGCUUCAGCAAAAAAUCAAAUUUUUCUACUUUUUAAUGACAUUUUAUAACAAGUCUAGAAUCAAAAAAUUGAUUUUUUGGGGUUUACAAUGUUAAAACUCUUCAUUACAGUACCCCCAACCCUGGACCCGAUGCGGCUGGACAUAGGUAACAUAUACGACUGGAUGAAAAAACCCCCUCCCUUACCAAGUAAUGCCAAUCUCAUGGUACCCUCGCAACUUCACUAACCCAGACCUAUAUACAACGGGUCAACGCGACAUACGAUUCCGUAUCUCGGACGAUACCAUCUACAGUGUUCAGCUGGGCUUGUAUGUAGUCGGCUACAAGGAGUUCAAGGACGACCAAAUGAAAAAAUUCAGGCCAGAACAUCGGGUCAUAUGCCGGCUGGCAACAUACUCGAAUCGAAAUGACCUUGAACAUAGAUUCAAUCCACAAGAAGAAACCAUUAACCUGUACCAGGUGGAGCAAUGGUACCUUACCGACUGGGAGAGGAUGUACGAGCUGUAUUCGUACAGGUUUGGGUAUCUAAAGCUGGCUCCGAUCAGAGCCAAUGAACCUACACCACCUACUCUCAUCUCUGGGUAAUGUUUUUGAGGUUUUUUUUGGAUAAAUUAUGGUUUUUGAUGUUUUCGUGGUGGGACCCAUAUUGUUGUAAUUUUUAGUUUCAAAAAAUCAGUUUUUUGAUAUUUUAAUGAAAAAAGACGUUUUACUAUUAACUAUUUUGCUUAAGAAAUGCGUAUUUUACUAUAUUUUUCAAUUGUAUCUAAAUUUGAAAGCUUUCGUGGUGGAACCCAAAAUGUAAAAUUUUGUAAAACGUACUGUUUUUAAAUUUUUAUCAAACAACUAUUUUUAUUCUCAGUUGCGCAAUUUCGUAUUUUACAAAAUUGUAUCUACAAACUCGUACUUUAAAUGUUUUCGUGGUGGGACCUAAAAAUAAAAUUUACAUCAAAAAGUUAACUUACAGUAAUAAUGGUGUUAUUUAUUUUAUAAUCUGAGGAUAAAACCGCAUUUUUUAUUAUUUUAUCGAAAAAAUUUGUCUUUGAAGGUUUUCGUGGUGGGACCCAAAAAUUUUUAUUUUUUUAACAAACUUACAUACCUAUUUCAGGCUAGUCUCAGCGCCAAUUUCCCUUCACUUCCUCUGGACCAUGAACAAUCCAAUGUACGAAACCACCACCUUUUCCUUCGCCGAAGCGGAGAUCCGCGAACGAUUUGUGGAAGAGAAGGCACGCCAAAUGUGUCACGAUUGGUACGACGAGGAUGGUGCUCAAUGGAACUUUUUGCGUGAAGUCGAGACCAACGCUUCUUGUCCAUGCACGGAGACGCAGGCUAGACUAGAUUUGGGUCGAUUCAUGCCCCACCCACGGUGUAGUCAGGCUUUCCGUGAUAUCACUUGUACGGAAAUGAUUGGCGCGGAAAAUUGCUACAUGAGCGCUCAAAAUGUGUAUGGAUCAUCGGCUGGUACUAAUAGGCAGAGGGACGACUUUAUGAAGUAGGUUUUUGAUUGGGUUUCGGGUGGGUUACUGUAGUUUUGGGGUUGUAGUGUUAAAAAAUGUGAAGGAAAGAUGGCUUUUGGCAACAAAUUUUUGGGUUUCAUUGCUUUCUUUUGAUUUUUUUGUCUGUAAACAAAGUUUUUGUAAAAUACGGUGCAUUGCAUUUUGUAGGGAAUUACAUUCUCUAUCUUUGUCAUAAAUCAGUUUUUUGAUUUUAAUUGAUUUUGUUACCUAAAAUUCUAUUUUAAGCCGAUUUGCUUAGUUUUUCUUUAAAAAAUUUCAUUUUUUGAAGUUUUAUGGGUGUAAAUAAAGUUUUUGUAAAAUACGUUAAUAAUUGUUUCUAGUGUAAAUUAAAUUCUCUAUCUUUGUCAUAAAACACUUUUUUAAUUUUCUCAAGUUUUCUUACCUAAAAUUCAAUUUUUAGCCGAUACGCCACUCACUAUGGUCAAGUAUGCUGUUACGAUGCGGAAGGUUUCCUCCAACAAACCACUUAUCAACCGGUGAUUAAAGUGGUCGAAAACAUGCAUUACAACCCUGGCUUUCCUCUACGAGCAUAUGAAUUCGGAUCCUCGCCUUAUCUAGGUCAAUUCGAGGUUCCGGGCCUGAGUUCCUUCCAUCACGACUACAUGCCAUACCAUUUGUGUUGCAAGUUUGCCAAAUUCCGUUGCCAAAUGUUCUACUGGCGCCGACCAUCGUCAGCCUGUCAACAGUACCAACCACCAGCUGUGGGAUAUGGAUUGGGAGCAGGAACGUUUAGUACGAUUGAUAAUCAGAAGUUCAUCUUCAGCGAGCCUGGUGUCUAUACCUUGUUGUACAUACCAAAGACGGUCAACAACCCAGAAGUGAGAAUUCAAGUGAGAUUGGAGAGGUACCCGAAUAGAAAGGUGGAUUUCAGUAAGUUUUGGAGUAUUUUUGAGGAAUUUAAAAGGAUUAGGACGGUUUGAACGGAAUGCCAAUUUUGGCGCAAAAAAUAAAAUUCAAAAUUUUUUUGUUAAAUAUUUUGUUAAAAGACUUAAAACUGAUUUUUGAAAGCUUAGAUAUACUUUAUUAGUUAUGAUACAUGAUGAUAAAGCUUUUUUUAACAGUUGCAACGGAAUGCCAAAUUUGGCGGGAAAACUAAAUUUGAAUUUUUUUUCGAAAAUAAAAUAAAAAAUAUUUUUAAAAAACUAUUUUAAAAUGUAUUUUGUUAGUACUGAUACUUGUUUUUACAGUAUUGGCCUGUAAAUAAAAAUUUUGAAUUUUGGCGCGAAAAUGAAAAUUCAAAAUUUGGCCUUCUGAUCGGCCAAAUUAGACCAAACCUAAUAUGAAAACAACUAAAAAUAACAUAAAUAUCAACUUUCAGGUUUAUUGGGACGAUACAUGUCACAAGCUGACCUGGUACAACCCACAAACGGUACCGUUAUCACAGGUGUAGCCAUCGAAGCCUCCGGAACCGACCGUGUCCACGUCACAGCACGUGGGGAUACACGACGUUUUAGAUACCGAACCAACAUUAUUGUCGGUAACUUGCUACGGUACUUUGAUACCAUGAGACUACAAAGGUUUAAAGGAGUGCUGAUCUACGUUAACAACGUUGAAAGAGGUCAACCCGAGAUCUAUGUAGUGCUGGAAGAAGCCGAGAUCGGAAUUAGGAUUCGGGAGAGUUAUGCGCUUGAUAUUGACCGGUUGAGUAUGUAUCAGGAGAGUAUGGGAAUUCUGGAUGUUCAGGUAGGGUUUUGGCUUUAAAUUGAGUUUAAAUUUGAAAUGGUUUUGGUUGAUUUGGGGGUGGAAAAGCAAGAAAUAUUGAUGUAAGCACUAAAUUUGAGGGAAAAAUCUUGAAUUUUUUAGAAAAAAAUUUUUUUUCUAACGAUAUAAAGUAUGAUCAGGCAUGGUCUUAGCUACAUUUUAAGUACAAAUGUAACAUAUGUCAGUUAGUGGUAAGGGCAGAACAUCGAAAAAUAUUGUAGUAGGCAUCAAAGUUUUCACAGAGGGCAAAGUGACCGUCCUUUUGUGAUUCUUAAGACUUCAUUAUGACAGCUUUGAGUCCUAAAAUAGGUCAAACAUAACCAAAACGGUUUAUAUGCCAAUUUGUAGUCAGUUCGGAUAACUAGUUUUGAAGAUAUAUCAAAUUUAAAAAAAUUUUGAAAAAUAUUGAAAAAAUUUAAAAAUUUUGUUGUAGGUAAGUGUCCCACCUAGAUACGGAGUCCGCCCCGAUGGAGACAACACUCGUGAUGCUGAGCUACGUCAACGUUAUGAUUUGCCACGAGUUUCUGGCUUAAUCCGACCGUUCCCCGACCAAAGCACUGGGUCCUUGUAUCAAGGGCUGAGCAUUAACGACGUGAAUCCGGAUUCAAUCCGAGGCCAAAUUAUUAACAUGUGUAGGUUUUUUGAAGCCAAAAUAAUGGGCUUUUAGACGGUGUAUGACAUUGUACUUAAUAUUUUGAAAUUUUGAAGAUAUAGCGAGUUUUCUAUGGGAUAAGCCGAUAUUAACCAUGAUGAUUGAUAUAAAUCUUGAUGUUUCAGACAGAGUACCUGGAACCGGAGGUCCGGGAAGUCAGAAUACGCAAGGAAUUUUGAAUCAGUUCAUGCCUACUGAUAAUAUGUUCGUUACCAGUCGAGAUGAGGACAAGAAAUUCGAAGUUUUCCCAGAAGUCGCCAUGAAGAAUACACCCAUCUUCAAGGUGGCUCCUAAAUACGAAAAGUAAGUUGUUACAGUUAAGAAAGUCAAAGUAUACUAAAAUGUGAAUAAGAUAGCAUAUUCUAACUAUCUAUUCAAUUUAACAUGGCUUUAUUACUCAAUACGGUAUUUUCACUUCAAUCCUUGUGGGGCCCACCACGAAAGCCUGAGUCUUCAUUUUUUGGCCGGAAAAAAGCCAAAAUGCAUAAAAAUAGAUUUUAGCUGUUUAUUAAAAAUUUUCACAUUUAAAUUUCAGUGGUAUCUACAUGUUCCGUGGUCGUACAGGUCAAGACCUCAUUCAGCUGGUCCAGAGGUGCAGAGAUUUACAAAACAACCCUAACUGUAAGUGGAGACCAGCGCAUUUUACAAAAUAUUUGGUUUAGAUGUUGUUUAUAAGGUUAUUUUUUGUGAUUAAGCUUAUCGUUUUCUAUUUUUAAAAUUUUUUGGGUCCCCCACGAAAACAUGAAUUGGUAGAAUUUUAGCUUUUAACAACAUAAAAUACUGUUAUACUAGCUUAAGAUUGAUUUUUGUCAAUGUAAAAAUGAUUUUUUCUUGAAUUUUAACGAUUUUUAAAAAUUUUGGGUCCCACCACGAAAACAUGAUUUUUUAAAUAUUUAUCUUGAAAAUACUAAAAACUGGUAUAAAAGCUAUUGCCUCCGACUUAUUGAAGUAGAAAUUUAGUUUUAGCUCACAUUUUGAUAUAUAAAUGACCAUACCACCCCCAAAAACCCCUCCAUAUUACCUAAAUCAAUAUAAUUUACAGUGGCAAUGCAACCGCUUCAAGGCCAACUCACCGAGCAGUAUGGUCGCGAGAAUUGUCCGGACAAUCCAGCCGCCAUCAUAGCCGAGUGUGGUGAUAGUGUGCCGUGUUUGCACGACUAUGUCAUGUUCAAUUCGAAAAUUUUGGGUUUGGAGCUUCAGAAUCAUUGGAAUGCCUUCGAAUUGGAUAGGAAAGACACAAUGAGGCAAUGUGAGAAGUUUGAAAUUUUAAUAAAACUUGGUGUUAAAUUGAAUUUCUGACCAUAUUUUUUAAAAAUUUUGGAUUUUGUUUGGGUGAUCUCAUAUUAAAAAUGGCGAAAAAAGUCUAAAAAAGGCUGAAAAACAGUCAAGAUAGGCCUAAAAUAAGGUCUUUCAAUAGUAAAACCGUCAAAAAUUGAAGUUUUGUUAGCUAAAAAUAAAGAGAAAAGGUAAAAUACGAACUUACAAAUCCCUCUUAACAAAGUAAAUUGAUUUAGACAACAGCUGCGGGCCGAUAAACAUUGAAUAUCCGGAAUAUUUGAUGAAAUCGCCAGCCUUUGCCUCCGGCUAUCUUCAAGGCGAUGUGGUCAAAUUCGAAUGCUUCCAAAGUCAUUGGACCAAGGGCACCGAGGAGUUUAGAUGUAAGUUUGUAAAAUACGAAAAAAUAUGUUUUAAAAAUUUUAUUAUCUUGGAGUUUUAAGUCCCACCACGAAAACAUGAAAUAUCAAUUUUCGGUUUUUAACCGGUCAGAAUAGCAUUUUUGUGACUCAUAUUAGAAUAUACUGUUAUACAAAUAACUUAUUGAUUAGAUUUUAGUGCUCCUUAGAAAAACUGGGUCCCACCACGAAAACACGAACUUUCAAUUUUUGGCUUUAAAUCGUUCAGAGUAGUAUUUUAUGACUCUUGUUGGAAUACUAUGGUAUAUAAAUGACCCUUUUAAUCAAAUUUUAAUGGUUUUGUGAAAAAAUGGGUCCCACCACGAAAACAUGAUUUAUCAAUUUUUGGCUUUAAAAUUCAAAAAUAAGCAAAAAAUGAUGUAAAGUUAUAAAAAAAGUUAUACACCUUUAUUUUUUAUCCUAAGAUUGAUUGGGAGUAUUAAUAUAUUGUUUCAGGUGACCUAAUAGCCGACUACAACAACCCAAAUCAGUACCGAUUCGAGUGGAACAAAGGAGAUCAGCCAUGGUGUAGAUCGCGUGAAAUGGAAAACUACUUGAAAUGGCUUACCGCCUUUUUGAGUACUGUAGCUAUCAUUAUUGUAAGUGGGGUUGUCUGAAUUUGCCGUAUUUUACCUUGCCCUACCCCUAAGUCCGCCCCACUCUACCCCCACCCAGGGCCGGGCCCUGUCCCCACCCAUAUCUCUACCAAAUAACAUUUUGAUGUUUAGGUAAUAGUGAUGAUAUUCAUGUAUUGCUGGACGAUAAGUAAGCGGCGAAGAGAAAUGUUGGCCAAUGAGAAAGCACCGGUCAAUUUGGUCACUUUCUCACCGGCUGUCAAUAGGAGAUACGAUAAUGAUGUGAGUUUAUUGUAGUAAAAAAAUUACUUCAUUGUAAAGAGUUCUUACAGUUUUUUGUUUUGUAAAGAAAGUUCUUGCUAUUUUAUGCUUUGUAAGCAAACUUCUUGCCAUUAUUUGUUUUGUAAAGAAAGUUCUUGCCAUUUCUUGUCUUGUAAAGAAAGUUUUCGCCAUUUUUCAAAAAUAUUAUUAUAGGCUUUCAAUGAAGCUGAAGUAGACAAAUCCGAGCCCCCAAUCUUCGCCGAAACCCAGGACGGUCUUCGCCGACGCGGAGUUCAUUCGCCCGAACCGCCAACUCUGAUGGGCCUAAACACUAGUGUCUAA